UAGCUUUGUGAAGCCAACUGAUCAAGGGGGAAAUACGCACCUUUUCUUUGUUCAACUCAACCAUUUUUGCUUCCUAGGAAAAAAGGGAAGAUGAAGGAUCGACUUCAAGAACUAAAGCAAAGAACAAAGGAACUUGAACUCUCUAGAGACAGGCACGUGUCAACUACAGAAGCAGAGGAACACGGAAGGAUUCUGCAGCAAGCUGUUAUUUAUGAAAGAGAGCCUGUAGCUGAGAGACACCUACAUGACAUCCAAAAACUUCAGGAGAGUAUUAACAGUUUGACAGACGAUGUUCAAAAAUUUGGGCAGCAACAGAAAAGUCUGGUGGCUUCAAUGAGAAGAUUUAGUCUCCUUAAGCGAGAGUCGAGCAUUACGAAAGAGAUUAAAAUCCAAGCAGAACACAUCAAGAAAGGUUUGGAUGAUUUAGUAAAAGAAGCAAAAAAAUCAGAGGCUGAAACUGGUCCAUCAUCAGUGGUCACAAGGAUACUUAAAUCUCAGCAUGCCGCAAUGUUCCACCAUUUUCAGCAAACUAUGUUGAUAUACAAUGACACAAUAGCAACAAAGCAAGAGAAAUGCAAGACAUUUAUUUUCCGUCAGCUUGAAGUUGCUGGAAAGCAAGUGCCUGAAGAAGAAGUAAAUGAUAUGCUUCAUCAAGGAAAAUGGGAAGUUUUCAAUGAAAGCUUGCUUACAGAAAUCAAUAUCACUAAAGCACAACUCUCAGAGAUUGAACAGAGACACAAGGAACUUGUUAAUUUGGAGAAUCAAAUGAAGGAUUUAAGGGAGCUUUUCAUGCAUAUAUAUCUUUUAGUAGAAGAACAAGGAGAAAGCAUCAACAAUAUUGAAAUGACAGUGAAUGGUACAAAAGAGUAUGUUAGCACUACUAAAGAGAAAUUUGGACUAGCUGUGAAAUAUAAAAAAAGAAAUCCUUGCAGGGCACUGUGCUGUUGGUGUUGUCCAUGCUGUGGCUCAAAAUAAAG